AGGAGUCGCUGUAUAUAAGUGUAGAGGCGCGUGCUGAAACUGGAUUUCGGUUCCGUGUUCGGCUGGAGUGGUUUUUAUUAAUUACUAUUAAUUUUUUUUUUUUUAAAGUGCUCGGAUUGAACAGAAAAUUCUCUUUUUAAACCCAAAGACGUAAAAUGGGACGCGGAGAAGGUCGGGAACAAUAUGAGCCGGCAGCCACCUCCGAACAGGGGGGCAAGAAAUCCAAGUCCAAGGCCAAGAAGGACAAGGAUAAGGAUAUGGAUGAACUUAAAAAGGAAGUGGACUUGGAUGAUCAUAAGCUGACUCAGGAAGAGCUGAACAGGAAGUAUGGCACAGAUCUUACGAGGGGAUUGACUGCCGCUCGUGCGAAAGAGAUUCUUGCACGUGACGGACCCAACGCUCUGACUCCCCCUCCCACCACUCCAGAAUGGGUCAAAUUCUGCAAACAGCUUUUUGGUGGAUUCUCCACUCUUCUGUGGAUUGGAGCUAUUCUUUGUUUCCUGGCAUAUGGAAUUCAAGCAGCUUCAGAAGAUGAACCAGCAAAUGAUAACUUGUACCUGGGUAUCGUGUUAUCUGCAGUGGUUAUGAUCACCGGUUGUUUCUCAUACUAUCAAGAGGCGAAGAGCUCAAAGAUCAUGGACUCCUUCAAGAAUCUUGUUCCUCAGCAAGCCUUGGUCAUCCGUGAUGGUGAGAAAAUGAGCAUCAAUGCAGAGGAGGUGGUUGUUGGAGACCUUGUCGAAGUGAAGGGUGGAGACAGAAUUCCUGCUGAUCUGCGUAUAAUUUCUGCCCAUGGAUGCAAGGUGGACAAUUCCUCACUCACUGGCGAAUCUGAGCCCCAGACUCGUUCUCCAGACUUCUCUAAUGAAAAUCCUUUGGAAACAAGGAACAUUGCUUUUUUUUCUACCAAUUGUGUAGAAGGUACAGCUAGAGGUAUCGUCAUCAACACUGGUGAUCGCACCGUGAUGGGCCGUAUCGCUACUCUUGCCUCUGGUCUGGAAGUUGGCCGAACCCCCAUUUCCAUUGAAAUUGAGCACUUCAUCCACAUAAUCACUGGUGUGGCUGUCUUCCUUGGUGUGUCCUUCUUUAUUCUGUCCCUAAUUCUUGGAUACUCCUGGCUCGAGGCUGUCAUUUUCCUCAUUGGUAUCAUUGUCGCAAACGUGCCAGAGGGUCUCCUGGCUACUGUAACUGUGUGUCUGACUCUAACCGCCAAACGUAUGGCAAAGAAGAACUGUCUUGUGAAAAAUCUCGAAGCUGUAGAAACCCUUGGCUCCACCUCUACUAUUUGCUCAGACAAGACGGGAACUCUGACCCAAAACCGUAUGACUGUGGCACAUAUGUGGUUUGACAAUCAAAUUCAUGAAGCGGAUACCACCGAGAACCAAAGUGGAACCUCUUUUGACAGAAGCUCUGCCACUUGGGCUGCCCUGGCUCGAAUCGCUGGCCUCUGCAAUCGUGCAGUCUUCCUUGCAGAUCAAGAUAGUGUUCCAAUCCUUAAGAGAGAUACAGCUGGUGAUGCGUCGGAGUCUGCCCUGUUGAAAUGUAUUGAGCUUUGCUGUGGUUCAGUGAAAGACAUGAGGGAUAAAUACACAAAGAUCGCGGAGAUCCCUUUCAACUCCACUAAUAAAUACCAGCUUUCCAUCCACAAGAAUCCCACUGAGGGAGAGAGCAAACACCUGCUAGUAAUGAAGGGAGCUCCUGAGAGGAUUCUGGACCGUUGUUCAACUAUUCUGCUUCAAGGAAAAGAGCAACCACUGGAUGAUGAGUUGAAGGAUGCUUUCCAGAACGCCUACUUGGAACUGGGGGGCCUAGGAGAGCGAGUGCUGGGUUUCUGCCAUUAUGAUCUUCCGGAUGAUCAGUUCCCUGUGGAGUUCCAGUUUGACACAGAUGAAGUGAACUUCCCCACUGAGAACCUGUGCUUUGUUGGCCUCAUGUCCAUGAUCGACCCUCCUCGUGCUGCAGUACCUGACGCUGUUGGCAAGUGCAGGAGUGCUGGAAUCAAGGUUAUCAUGGUUACAGGAGAUCAUCCAAUCACAGCUAAAGCCAUUGCUAAGGGUGUGGGUAUCAUCUCUGAAGGCAACGAGACUGUGGAAGACAUUGCUGCUCGUCUGAACAUUCCAAUAAACGAGGUUAACCCAAGGGAUGCAAAGGCCUGUGUGGUUCAUGGUGGGGAUCUUAAAGACCUGACCCCUGAGCAAUUAGAUGAUGUCUUGAAACACCACACUGAGAUUGUGUUUGCCAGAACUUCUCCUCAACAAAAACUGAUUAUUGUGGAAGGUUGCCAGCGACAGGGUGCCAUUGUGGCUGUGACUGGUGAUGGUGUGAAUGAUUCUCCUGCUCUGAAGAAGGCCGACAUCGGUGUAGCAAUGGGUAUUGCUGGAUCUGAUGUCUCCAAACAGGCUGCUGAUAUGAUUCUCCUGGAUGACAACUUUGCUUCUAUUGUUACUGGAGUUGAGGAAGGUCGACUAAUCUUUGACAACCUGAAGAAGUCAAUUGCUUACACCUUGACAAGUAAUAUUCCCGAGAUCACACCUUUUCUUCUGUUUAUAAUUGCCAACAUCCCUCUUCCUCUGGGCACAGUCACCAUUCUUUGCAUUGACCUUGGUACAGACAUGGUCCCUGCAAUUUCCUUGGCUUAUGAGGCAGCUGAGAGUGACAUCAUGAAGAGGCAGCCCAGAAACCCCAAGACAGACAAACUGGUUAAUGAAAGGCUUAUUAGCAUGGCCUAUGGACAGAUUGGUAUGAUUCAGGCACUUGCCGGCUUCUUUACCUACUUUGUAAUCCUGGCUGAGAAUGGAUUCCUGCCUUCUACAUUGCUGGGAAUACGUGUAUACUGGGAUGACAAAUAUAUCAAUGACCUGGAGGAUAGUUAUGGGCAGCAAUGGACAUAUGAGCAGAGGAAGAUCGUGGAGUUCACAUGCCACACUGCAUUCUUUAUCAGUAUUGUGGUUGUGCAAUGGGCAGAUUUGAUCAUCUGUAAGACCAGGAGGAAUUCUGUCUUUCAGCAAGGAAUGAAGAACAAAAUUCUCAUCUUCGGGUUGUUUGAGGAGACUGCUUUGGCAGCUUUCCUCUCUUACUGUCCAGGAAUGGAUGUUGCCCUCAGAAUGUAUCCACUCAAGCCAAACUGGUGGUUUUGUGCCUUCCCCUACUCACUACUUAUCUUUAUUUAUGAUGAAAUCCGAAAGCUUAUCAUCCGACGCAGUCCAGGAGGUUGGGUGGAGAGGGAGACCUAUUACUAAAGCAUCCUGUCCACACUGCACAAGUUUAUUUGCAUGGCUGUCUUGCUGCCUGGAAUUUAACCUCAGUAAUUCAGUUUAUAUAAAAUCCACAAAUCUGUACAUCUCUAGGGAAUGCUCGACACAAACAUGGAGAUCAUGAACCAAGACAUUGCGUGCCUUGUUUCUGAAGCCGGACCAAUUUUCUACGUUUUUAAAAUUGUGAUGAAUAAACUCCCAGUCGUUUCCCACAUUUUGGAAUCAUUUGGAUGCUUUACAUUUAUUCAUUUGGCAGACAUUUUGUCCAAAUAGACCUACAAACUGAUAAAGGAUGCAAACAUAGAGUUGAACAGUUUGAAAGGGUCUUGCUCAAGGUCCUUAAAGUGUCUAGUGGUACGUGUGGGGGGAUUUUUUUUUUGUUUAGAUUCCCCCCGUUGCUCUUAGCUCUUGGUGUGAAUUGACUAGUCUGCUCUCCUCUAAAAUAAAAACCUGUAGAGUAGUUUUACUCAGUACAGCUCUAUUAGCUCUGCACAGAAUAAUUUUAAAUCAUCAUGUCUGCAGCGUCCUUUUCUGAAAGUGGGGUAAACUCCCUUUAUAGACGUGAUUUUGUAGCUUUAAGGCUUUCACGGUGCCAAAUGAUCUGCGAGAUUUCCAGACCAAGUUGGAGCCACCGAGUUCUGUCUUUCUGUGCUUCCAACUUCUUUUAAAGUCUAUUCUUUAUAUACUUUGGAGGGAAGCAAGUUUAAGCCUAAAUGACCAUGGCUCCCUAGCAUAAGCUGUUAUUCACAUUACACGUGAUCACGAAUUCGAAAUAUUCACAUACACGCAGGAAAUCGUAAGCACAUGGGUUCUGGUGCUAUCUAAUUUCAUUUAAUGACCCGUACAGCUACAGGUCACAUUUGCUUAAGAUGUUUUUCCUCUGUGUAUGUGUGUGAAUUAAAUCGGCACGUUUUUAUUUCCUCAAUCUGUUCCACUUAAAACCUAAUUUUUCCUCAGCUACUAUAAAACUGAGACCAACACUGGGAAAGACCAUUAACAACUGUAAUUGUCUAGGUUACAGCUUGAGCUAAACCCUUUCAGCUGAGCUCUGCUUAAUUAAUUUACAAUUAUUUAAUAAACCAAAUGAAGCAGUGGCACAUCAAACUCCCCCCCCAAAAAAAAAAGCAUUUUAAAAGCUCAGUAAGAGGAAAAAUGUAUUGCAACACAUAUAUUUUAUUGUUUGGUGCAAUAAGAAUAAGCAUGAACCCAGUGUACUUUUAAUGUAGGAGUAUGCUUUUGCCUGAUAUGACAUUAAGGCAGAAAAAAACCAUGUAAUUUGUAUUUUAAACCAUGUAUUCAGUGUGCAUGAUUUUGCAUGACUUUUAGAGAAUUAAGAAUUAUACAAACAAAACAGCAACUGGGUCCAGUGUGAAGUGAGUUUAUCAUCAGGCAGAGGAAGUGCUUUUGAACCAGGCAACAUGUACAGUCAUCAUUUCUGCCUAAUUUAGGCUUUACCACUUUCUGAAACCUGAAUAAAAUGCAGGAAAUAUGAGCUUGCCAAUCAUCUUCUGUUUAUGACCUCCUUGAUAUGUAAGUCACUAGUAUAAAUGCAUUCCCUAUAUGAAUGAAGACUGUUAAAUGAAUCCAAUAAAAAGACAAAGGUUA